CAAGCUGCGUCGAGCAAUUCACUGCGCAGUAGAAUUAGAAGCCUUCGACUUUCAUCAGGGUGUUGACUAGUCAAUCGAUUAUACUCCCACACAUUUCGCGUCAUGGCGUCAGGGAACACUAGCAAUGGCUCUACAUGGAGCGAUACAGAGACGGGUGCAACGAGAAUCUCAACGUGUACUUCUUUGUCCGAGGCGGGUUCAUCGGCUAACGUCGAUGCUGCUGCUUUCGACUCUCUAGAAAGGCCCGCGACGCCCUCUCAAAGGGAGGCUCUAGCUGCUCAUCCUGUUCAACCUCUACCUCUACCUGUGAGGGCCUCGACAGACCUUCCUGAUAAGCGACCAGCAUCAUCAUACCUAUCUUCUGGCUCAAGCAUGAGUUACGACGUCGAGGCCAAGGGUGAGGCAGCAGCACCUUUGGAUUGGAAGCCUACAAAGAAUGAGUUGCUGGUGAUGAUCAGUCUGAGCUUCAUCUCGUUGAUGGUUGCAUUGGAUGCCACUGUUCUCGUUACUGUGCUACCGGUACGUACUCCGCGGGAUCGCUGGGCGCCGGUUGUUAACGUCGGACAGGAAAUCGCACAAGCCCUGGAUGGGACUUCGGCGGAAGCGUUUUGGGCAGGUACAUCGUAUCUCUUGACCUCUGCCAUUUUUCAGCCAGUCAUUGCCUCGAUCUCCUCCAACUUCGGCCGUCAGCAGAUGCUCUUGCUCUCCUUGACCUUCUUCACUGUCGGCACCAUUCUCUGCUCGGUUGCCCAUGAUUUUACUGUCUUGCUUACAGGACGCUCCAUUCAGGGCAUUGGCGGUGGUGGCAUCAUCACCAUCACUCAAGUGAUCUUCUGCGACAUCGUACCGUUAAGACAGCGGCCAAAAUACUUCGCCAUGGUCCUCGGUUCAUGGUCCAUUGGAAGCAUAGUUGGGCCGGUAGUGGGCGGUUCUCUAGUAGAGAAUGCCUCGUGGCGCUGGUGCUUCCAUAUCAACUACCCAUUCUGCGGUAUUGGUUUCAUCGUCGCCGGCUGGUUCGUUCGCAUGAACGCCACUGCUCAGCUUACAAUCCUUCAAAAGUUAAAGCAGACUGACUGGCUUGGCGCCCUCCUCUUCAUCGGCAGUUUCACCAGCUUCCUCAUCGGUCUCUCUUUCGGCGGUGUCCAACAUCCCUGGACCUCCGCCGCUACGCUUGCGCCUAUCAUUGUGGGUACUGCAGGCAUAGGCGCUUUUCUCGGUUGGCAGAUGUACAGGAAGCCAUACAGCCUCCUGCCUAUGUCGAUCUUCUACAACUGGUCAGCUAUCUCCGCAUUCUACUGUGCUGUAGUCAAUGGCCUCGUCCUCUUCACAGCUCUGUACUACAUUCCCUUUUUCUUCAUGACUGUUCGUGGCUCAUCGCCGACCAGUGCGGGCAUCGACCUGUUUCCAGCUGUCUGCUUUCUUAUCCCCGGUUCUAUUGUUGUGGCCGUGUUGACUGCAAGGCUCGGGCGAUUCAGGUGGGCAAUCUGGCUUGGCUGGGCCAUCACAACGAUUGCUUGUGGUUUGUUUAUCAUCUUCGGCCUUCACACCAGGCUAGUCGUCAUUGCUGUGGCCCUCGCUAUGUUCGGUAUUGGCUCGGGUAUGGUUCUGACCAGUGUUAAUGUUGGCAUUCAAGCCAUCUCUAAGGUCGAAGACUGUGCUAUGGCUGCAAGCAUGUAUGGGUUCUUCCGCAGCCUCGGUAUGCCUAUUGGUGUCGCACUGUCCGGUACUGUCUUCCAGAAUGCUAUGUCAAGCAAGCUGCUCGCGCUUGGUCUUCCCACACAGAUCGCUCACGACUCCGAGCAAUAUGUCUUUAGGCUCCGAGUCAUGGCAGAAGGUGCCGAGAAGACGGCGAUUCUCGAGUCUUACAUGCAUGGAUUCAACUCCGUCUUCAUCUUCAUGACCGCCAUAUCAGCAAGCGCCUUGAUAGCCAGCUUCGUGAUCCGCAAGUUUAGCAUGGACAAGAUCUUGCUUACUGCAUACUCAGUCAGAGAAUGACGAGAAAGAGCCUCGGUCUCCGUUUCUUUCCUGACUCGUUUUCUCUUCUUCGUAGUUUAGCUGUCAUCCUUUCGUAGUUAUCAUGAUACCCAGACCAAUAGACACUAGCACCUUCAACGCACGAUUCAUCCAAACAAAUGCCGAAGCUCUGCCAAACGGUCCUUCAAAGUCGUGUCGUGGAGAGCUGUGGCGGGAGGGGUCGAGGGUGAUCACGCACCUUCGUAGAGAUCUUCAACACGCUAGCACAGAACGUCAGCAGGCAUCUGCUUCACCAUCCCAACGCUCACGACACGCGCCCUCUGCCGCCCUAGUCCUUGCCACUUUUAGUGAUCUUCUCGAUAGGCAACGACGAUCACCACCGUUGGCCCCUUUUGCUCCUUCCCUUGCCUUAUUGCCCAGAGCCGUUUUACCUUUUCAGCCAGACGAGCUGGGUAUGAGGACAGAACAACGUACCCGCUCACAUCCU